GAAGCCGUUUUAUUAAUGUCGAAAAAUAAAAUUUUAUCAUCGUCACUUAAAGAUACGAAAGUCACCAAAACUUAUGCUCAAUUCAUUUGUAAAUUGAUUCAACAAUCUGAGGAAAAUCCUUUAAAAAUAAGUUCCAGAGUACCAGAAGACGUGAAGUUAAUUCGUGUACAAUCCUGUAAUAACGAAUUUUUCAUUUCGUAUAACGACGAAUUCUCUUUAACAGUCAUUAAAAAUAUUGAUUUAAAGGUGCCCGUGAAGGAAAGUCGCUAAUCAUAAUGUGUUCGACAUAAUUCAUUGUUACAGAUACUAAAGACUGCAAAAAACCAUGACCAAUUUAUUUUGAUUUGAAUUACAUUACUGUUGUGUUUUGUCAAUAAAGUUUUAUGUCAUAAUAUAUAUUGUUUAAUCGAAAGUGUUCAGCACAACAACAAAAACAUGUUGCAUUUUACCAAAACCUUUUUUUUUCGAAUAAAAAAAACUACUGAACGCUUACUCCUUGGGACCUUCUAGAUUUUUUGGAACUGGAAUCUACAGCACUUUUAGGGACAUGUUCGGGACAGAAGAGAAUGUUAUUAUAUUUUGCCAUGAGAAAAAAGGUAAGGAAAUCACGAGUUUUCUGCCAAACAAUUCGAUACUCUAAAGCCUGGCUUUGUUAAAUAUCAUGGCAACGCAGACCAUCUCGAAAAAACGCAAGUUUAUUAAAGAUGGAGUUUUUGAAGCCGAGCUAAAUGAAUUUCUUACUCGAACGUUGGCAGAAGACGGUUAUGCUGGUGUUGAAGUUCGCGUUUCUCCAAGCAGAACUGAAAUCAUCAUACGAGCCACGCGAACGCGUGAGGUUCUUGGAGAAAAGGGUAGACGUAUUCGAGAGCUGACAUCCUUAGUUCAAAAACGUUUCGGAUUUCCACCGGAUUCCGUUGAACUUCUUGCUGAGCGUGUUGUUUCUCGUGGUUUAUGCGCCAUGGCUCAGGCUGAGUCUCUGAGAUACAAGUUAUUAAGAGGUUUAGCUGUUCGUAGAGCAGCUUAUGGCGUUUUACGUAACAUUAUGGAAAAUGGAGCUAAAGGUUGUGAGGUUGUUGUAUCUGGAAAAUUACGUGCCCAGCGCGCCAAAAGCAUGAAAUUCAAAGAUGGCUAUAUGAUCGCCACUGGAGAACCGGCUCGUGAAUAUGUUGAUCAAGCAGUUCGAGCUGUUAUGAUGCGUCAGGGUGUAUUAGGAGUUAAAGUUAAAAUUAUGCUGCCAUAUGAUCCUACUGGUGCUAUUGGAUCUAAGAAGCCUAUGCCAGAUAAUAUUGUUGUUCGAGAACCAAUGUAAUCCAAUUUUUUAAAAGAGAAACGUGAUACCUUUGUUUUUCAUAUUAACAAUCACCUGAAAAAUGAAUAUCAUACAUACUUGACGACUUCAAAUAUAUUCAUGAGUAAGACCAAGUUUUUUUGAUGCAUGCUGAGAAAUUUAAUUCCUUAACAUACAAUUUACGUGUAAACUGUCCACAGUCAAAACUUAUUAUAACAUGUAAUUAUUGUA